AUGGCAGGCACUCCUGAACUUUGUAACAGUGCCAUUGCACAUUCAGCAGGAUUUCACCAUGGCCCUUAUAGCCACUCCCCUUACCUGGAUUCUGAGCACAUUGAAGCAGAGAGAGGUUUUAGGAAGAAAAAGAAAGUCAUGCGAAAAUGUGAUUCUUUAGUGGUUUUGAGAAAAAAGCUUUCUCACCAUGAAAAUUUUGACAAUCUCUCCCGCCUGUGCUGGACGCUGGCCCAGGGGGACACCGACUGCCGGAGCCGCCUCUCGCCCUGCAGGGCCCCAACGGGCGGGCGCUCUGCUUGGGGCCCUCCACCGGGACCGUGUCCCUGUCAGCUGUGUCGCUCGGUGUUGGGGACCGCGUGGGCCGCGGGCCGCAGAGCUCCGCUCGAGGUCAGUCUGGCCAUCUUGGGGGCCGCGGGGCGGGCAAGUCCUGCUCUCACCAUGAAGCUUCUGACCAGUAGGCUUAUCAGCGAAUAUGACCCCAACUUGGAGGACACCUACAGCUCGGAGGAGACAGUGGACCACCAGCCUGUCCACCUGAGGGUCAUGGAUGCUGCAGACCCGGACACCCCCAGGAACUGUGAGGGCCUGAACUGGGCCCAGGACUUCCUGGUGGUGUACAGCAUGGACAGCCGCCAGCGUUUCGAGGACAGCAGCAGCUACCUGGACCUGCUUGCUUUGCAUGCCAAGGAGACACAGCGCAGCUCCUCUGCCCUGCUGCUGGGCAACAAGCUGGACAUGGCCCAGUACAGGCAGGUCACCAAGGCUGAGGGCAUGGCCUUGGCAGGCAAGUUCGGGGGCCUGUUUUUCGAGGUCUCUGCCUGCCUGGACUUUGAGCACAUGCAGCAUGUCUUCCACGAGGCGGUGCGGGAGGCACGGCGGGAGCUGGAGAAUUCUCUGCCCCAGACCCCCUUCAUCUGCGAGGAGAGGGAGCUGCCCCACCAGGCUCCACUCACCACUCAGCAUGGUCUGGCCAGCUGGAGCAGCUGGGUGGGGCUGCAGGACAGGGACUGGCCUCUCCCAGUGGCCUUCCCUUGAACAGAACGAUAGCCCUUGCCCUCUGGUGGGCAGCUGACCCCUUUCUGGCACCAAACCCAGUUCACAGUGUGAGCCAGAAGGACAGGCAGGAAUGCUGCUCUUGCUCACUCCAGGCCUUGGUUUCCAUGGUAACCACUGCAUUCCCUGACCCUGAAGGGAAAUAGCUACUGAGACAACCCAGAGACCUUGGGUCAGCCUGAAGUGGAAAGAAAUUGUGGUGUCCAUCAUGGUGCCAUCACCCCCUCCCUGCUCUAGUGACAGCCAGGCCAGAUGUGGCCUCUAGUGGACAGCUCUGCAUGGUCCAGCUCUAGAAAGGGUAGGCCGGGAUCAGUCUGCAGGAGGCACACCCUGAGGUCCUAGCACCACCUGGUGAACAGGAAGGGCAGAGCGGCUAUGGGUCUUGGGGAGGGGGCUUGAGCCUGGCCCUCCUGUUGUCCUCUGACUUCCCAGAAGCCCCAGGCAAUAAAUCCCACAGUUUAUCCAAGUCAAAUCUGGUUUAAAUAAUCCUAUGGGAUAGGCUGUGAGAAGUAAAAUUCCCAGAAGGGCUAUUUCAUGUGCUUUGGCUUUCAAUGAGGAUUGGGGGCUCUGGGUCGUCCAGAGUAGGGAGGCUCCAGUGUUUUUGUUUCACCAGGAGACACCAGGCCCCCUUAUUUUCCCAUCUUAAAUUACAGAUGCUCUCUACAGAGUCUCAGAUCCAGCCUCCUGAAGUUUCAUGAUCAAAACUGUAGAACAAAAUCAUUCUCUCUAGUGACCAUCACCCAGGACUCCAGGGAACCUGCAACUGGCAGUAUCAAGCACCCAGUGGGCACUGUUAGCCUGACCCAGGCUCGUAGGUAGAAACACAGUAUGCCAGCCGGGAGUCUGGUCUAGCAGGACCCAGUACCUUCAACAAUGGCUCUGAGUGUUCUAAGUCCACUUUUGAAAGAUAGAACCUAAGGCAUUUUGAGUUCAUAAAGCAAUUUUUUACAUAAAUUAUUUGGGGUCGCCCCCACCAAUGGAAUUCCAUUGUUAGCACAGGGAGUUUCAUAGUUUUCUAACGCUGUUUACCUCGGGGCCCCUGGCCCAAAGGAAGUCUCUUAGGAUCGUCAGCAGAUAAGCAGGUAAAGGAGAGGGCUCCGGUAGGAGGAAGGAGUGGAAGGGGAUUCUGAGCCCAGAAUCCUGCUCUUGGCAAUCCUAGGACGUGGAGUUAAGAACAAGAGCUCUACCCCAGCCUUCAGCCACAUUCUGUAGUUGGAGAAGCAGAGGUCAGAGCGAGGCUGUGAACCCCUCAAGACCGCAUGAGGAGUCCUAGCUGAGCUUCCUGAUCCACAGGCUGGCUCUGGAUUUCGUGCUUUUGUUCCAAGCCACUUGUGUUGGACCACUGCCAUUUGAACAAACUAUGCAAUUCCAAAUGCCCGCUUCCAGAAGCAUUU